GAAGCUUGAUAGAAAGGAGUAUGUAUACCGGGAGCCCCGUGACAUUCGGCUAGGUGACAUAAUGGAGAAACUUAGUCAUAUAUAUGAGUCUAGGAUGGACGGCAAUCACACUUUACACAUUAUUCCAGAUUCGAGACAAGUGAAGGCAGAUGAAUUACAGCCUGGAGUCUGCUACCUGCAGAUAACUGCUGUUGAUGCAGUAAUGGAGGAUGAAGAUUUGGGAAGUAGAAGGGAAAGGAUCUUUUCAUUUUCCACUGAAGUGUCCGUGCACGUGUGUUUGACCGCUUUUUGUUUGAUACCCCGUUUACGAAAAAUGGCGAGACCCAGGGUGGAUUGGAAGACCAAUGGAAGAGGCGAAGUGUGCUUCAGACUGAGGGCUCCUUCCCUGCCCUUGUGAAUAGGCUCUUGGUAAUUAAAUCUGAAUCUCUUGAGUUCUCCCCAGUAGAAAAUGCAAUUGGAAUGAUUGAAACUCGGACAGCUGCACUACGAAAUGAGCUUGAAGAGCCUCGCAGUUCUGAAGGCGAUCAACUCCCUCGUCUCCAGAGUCUACAGAGAAUUCUUCAAGGCAGUGUUACUGUUCAAGUGAACAGUGGAGUCCUAAGUGUGUGUACGGCCUUCCUAUCUGGUGAACCCGCAACGAGGCUGCGUUCACAGGAAUUGCAGCAACUCAUUGCUGCACUCCUUGAAUUCAUGGCUGUUUGCAUGCGGGCCAUUCGGGUACACUUCAGAUUGAUUGGAGAAGAAGAACAAGAAUUCCACACACAGCUUGUGAAUGGAUUUCAGUCCCUCACUACAGAGUUAUCUCAUUACAUCCCUGCCAUUCUCUCAGAGCUUUGACAAUGUUGUAGCAUUAUUUGUUUUUGGUUAUGCUUGAUGUGCCCAUAUUAUUUAUUUUC